CCAUUUUCACCCCCACGUGACAUGGAGGCGGGGACGGGAAGGGAAAGGUCAGCGGCGUCGCUGGCGGAGGGGGAGCGGAAGGUCAGGGUGCCGCGGAGCGGAAGUGGGAGCCGGAGCCCGUCCGCCAUUGUGGGGAAGCGGAGCCCGGAGCAGGGGGGGGAAGCGGCGCUGCGUGCGGCUGGCCGGCUCCUUCCAGCGGCAGCCCGAUCGGCGGCGGCGGCGAACCCAGGCGGCGGCGACAAUCAGGCGGCGGCGGGGAGGAGGAGGCGGAGACGAGCGGCGCGGCGGGCGGGCGGGCGAGCGGCCCCGGCGUGCGGAAUCACUCGAGGCCCAGGCGGAGCGAGGGGAUCGCGGCUCCCCGUGAAGAAUGUCAGCCACCAGCGUCGAUCAGAGACCUAAAGGACAGGGAAAUAAAGUUUCAGUACAGAACGGUUCGAUUCAUCAAAAGGAUGCAGUAAAUGAUGAUGAUUUUGAGCCAUAUCUAAGUAGUCAGACAAAUCAGAGUAACAGCUAUCCACCAAUGUCAGACCCAUAUAUGCCUAGUUAUUAUGCUCCAUCCAUUGGAUUUCCAUACUCUUUAGGCGAAGCAGCAUGGUCAACUGCAGGUGACCCUCCAAUGCCAUACUUGACAACUUAUGGACAGAUGAGUAAUGGUGAACAUCAUUACAUACCUGAUGGUGUAUUUAGUCAACCUGGGGCAUUAGGAAACACCCCUCCAUUUCUUGGGCAGCAUGGAUUUAAUUUUUUUCCUGGGAAUGCAGACUUCUCUACAUGGGGGACGAGUGGAUCUCAGGGACAAUCAACGCAAAGCUCUGCUUACAGCAGCAGCUAUGGCUAUCCACCUAGUUCUCUUGGGAGAGCCAUAGCAGAUGGACAGGCUGGAUUUGGCAGUGAUACUCUGAGCAAGGUGCCUGGGAUUAGCAGCAUUGAGCAAGGCAUGACUGGACUGAAAAUUGGUGGAGAUAUGACAGCUGCUGUAACAAAAACUGUAGGUUCAGCUCUGAGCAGUACUGGUAUGACAAGUAUUGCAGCCAACAGUGUGCCCCCAGUUAGCAGUUCAGCACCUAAACCAACCUCGUGGGCUGCCAUUGCAAGGAAGCCUGCUAAACCUCAGCCGAAACUCAAGCCUAAAGGUAAUGUGGGCAUUGGGGGCCCUGCUGUACCACCACCACCUAUAAAACACAACAUGAAUAUUGGAACUUGGGAUGACAAGGGGUCAGUGGUAAAAGCUCCCCCAGCCCAACCAGUACUGCCUCCUCAGACCAUAAUCCAGCAGCCUCAGCCAUUAAUCCAACCACCAACACUGGUGCAAAGCCAACUGCCUCAACAGCAGCCUCAGCCACAGCAACCACAACAGCAACAAGGACCUCAGCAGCAGGCCCAGCCUCACCAGUUGCAGCAGCAGCAGUUGCAAAACCGCUGGGUAGCGCCUCGUAAUAGGGGUGUGGGCUUCAGCCAGAACAACGGAGCUGGCAGUGAAAACUUUGGUUUAGGUGUUGUAUCCGUCAGCUCCUCACCUUCUGGUGUGGAAGUGCACCCAGUGCUGGAGAAACUAAAGGCCAUAAACAACUACAAUCCCAAAGACUUCGAUUGGAACCUGAAGAAUGGACGUGUGUUUAUAAUCAAAAGUUAUUCAGAGGACGAUAUUCAUCGCUCCAUUAAGUACUCUAUCUGGUGUAGUACUGAACAUGGUAAUAAGCGCUUGGAUGCUGCUUACCGUUCCUUGAAUGGAAAAGGCCCACUCUAUUUACUCUUCAGUGUGAAUGGCAGUGGACACUUUUGUGGAGUGGCUGAGAUGAAGUCUGUUGUGGACUACAAUGCAUAUGCUGGCGUCUGGUCUCAGGAUAAGUGGAAGGGCAAGUUCGAUGUCAAAUGGAUCUUUGUCAAAGACGUUCCCAAUAACCAACUGCGGCAUAUUCGCUUGGAAAACAAUGACAACAAACCAGUUACCAAUUCGAGGGACACUCAAGAAGUACCCCUAGAAAAAGCCAAGCAAGUGCUUAAAAUAAUUGCUACUUUCAAGCAUACCACCUCAAUCUUUGAUGACUUUGCACAUUAUGAAAAGCGUCAAGAAGAGGAGGAAGCCAUGCGUAGGGAGAGGAAUAGAAACAAACAAUAACUGUAUGGAGAUAUCCUGCUAGAAUUACAACACUAAUGAUGUAGACUCUGGAAAUGCCUAAUAUGUCUAAGAAGACGUUAUUAAAGCUUUUUUCUGCUUAAGGUGACAUCUUUGAACACUUUAACACGAAAUUGACUCUUCUUGUAAUGGUUCUCAUCAGUGCAUCUGCCCUUAUACUCUCUCACCAAACACACUUGAGAACUGUACCUUCGUCAAGCACUUUCUGUCCUGAAGCUUUUACCAGUAUCUGCUGUCUUUUGUAUUUAUGCAUCCUAGCUAAGGCACAGGAGACUGAACGAAUGCAAGGAUUCAUUAACUCUUUGAAUUUGUUAAAUACUAACAUUUAACCAUUAGAAGUGGUUCAAUGAUGUGAGAUUCACAUUGCUUCAACUUAAUUUUUUUUCUUUGUAGUUUUUUUUAAUUGUCAGAUUUUAGCUAUUCAACAGAUUAAAAGCAAAUCAUGCCAUAUUUAGUCCUGGAGUAAAACUCAAGUCUAAAUGUUCAUGUGAAAAUUAUUGUAGUAAUCUUUUAAAAUGGCAAAGCAACUUUAAGCUGCAGUUUAGCCAAAUGAAACGUAACAUAAAAUUAUAUUAGAAUGACAUUUCCCUUGUUUCAAACUGUUUGGUGUAAGAGAAUAUUAAUAUGCAGCUUGGUGGACGCCACCAGUUAAUGCACAUUUCUUUAUUUUUUUUCUGUAACAUGUAUACUGAAAAAAAGUGCAUUUGUCUGAGGAACUGUUUGUUUGCUACCACUCAAUGAAUCUCAGUUUUGAGUAAAUGUACCUCAGUCUAAAUCAGACUUUUUAUGACCUUUAUAACUACAUUUAAAAUCUUUAAUUCCUAUUUCUGGGUGUUUGCAAGCCUGACAGAUUGCUAUCAUGAAAGUGAAAAUUUACUCCUCUAGGUGAUUCACUAGCUAAAUAAACAUAAUUCUUGUUUAGCAAGCAUAUACUGUUCUCAAAGUUUUUUGUUUCACUUACCCAACAUUGAGGUGUUUUCCCCUGUCUACUGUUAAAAAUAUUGGGAAAAAAAAAAAAAAGAAACAA